AUGCCGCCCCCAAAGCGCAUGACCGCCAACCCGGCGCGUCCAAUACGACACCGCGUAGGCAAACCAAGCGGCCAAGAAUCAUCCUCAGACAGCGACAGCAGCGAUGAAGAGCAGACGACAGCAGCACCUAUUCCUCCACCACCCAAGGCCGCCAGCGCAGGCAAAAUCGCCAGCAACCUAGGAAAGGUGGACCUCAACGCCAGAAGGCAAGAAGCAGAAGCAGCAGAAAAGCACAGAAUAGAAGCCGAGCGAGCACAGCGAUUAGCCGCCGAAGAAGGCUUCGUCACAGAGGAAGAGAGCGCAGAGGAUGAAGACCAAGGGGAAUCAGAAGAGGACAGCGGCUCGUCCGAAGAAGAAAGCAGCGAAGAAGAAGCCCCACGAAGAUUAAUGAUACGACCGAAAUUCGUACCAAAAAGCCAACGCGGGAAAGAAACGCUCGACAAGGAAAAAUCCGAAGAAGCAACCCGGCUCGCCGAGGAAGCCGCCAAGAAAAAAGCAGCCGACGACCUCGUCGAGGAGCAAAUACGCAAAGAUCUCGCGGCACGGGCUGCCGGCAAAAAACACUGGGACGACGACGAAAAUUCAGACUCGGACGUCGACACCACGGAUGGUCUGGACCCUGAGGCAGAGGAAGCGGCCUGGCGAGUGCGGGAGCUCAAGCGCCUCAAGCGCGCGAGACUAGCGAUUGAGGAGCGCGAGCGGGAACUAGCUGAAGUUGAGCGCAGACGGAACCUGACAGAGGAAGAGCGCAAGGCCGAGGACGAGGCGCACCUCGCGAAGCAGCGCGAGGAAAAGGACAGCAAGGGCAAGAUGUCGUACAUGCAGAAGUACUACCACAAGGGCGCGUUCUUCCAGGAGGAAGCAGAGGCGGCGGGGCUGCUGCAGCGCGAUAUCAUGGGCACGAGGAUCGCGGAUGAUGUGCGCAACAGAGAGGCUUUGCCGGAGUAUUUGCAGCGCAGAGACAUGACCAAGUUGGGUAAGAAGGGCGGCACGAAGUACAGGGACAUGCGGUCUGAAGAUACAGGUCGCUGGGGGGAAUUUAACGAUCGGAAGGGCGGGAGACACGGCGGCGACGAGAGAUUUAGACCCGAUGACGAUAGGUUCAAGCCUGACGAGAGGGAUGCAAAAGGUGCCAAUGCAGUUCCGCUGGGGGAUAAAGAACGCCGAAGACACGAUGACAGGAGAGAGGAUAAUUACAGGCCUAGAGACAGGUCACGAUCUCGGUCGCCGACAAGAGAAGACGACAAGGACAGGCGCAGGAAGAGAAGCACCUCGCGGGACAUGUACGAUAGUGAUAAGCGGCGCAGAGUCGACGAUAUAUGA